CGUCAGUUUCUCCUUGGACACAGCUUUCCUUGGAUCCAGGUGUGGGGAACAUUUUAACAAUCUGACAUGCUCACGGUGACCAGACCCAACGCAACUCUGAGAAGCAGAAGUCUCUUGACUUGUGAUUUUUUAGUUUUGUGCUAUCUAAAAAAGAGAAGAGGAUGGAAGGCCCGCUGCUGCUGCUCACAGCGCUGAUGGUCAUCACAGCUGGCUCUCAGUCUCUCUAUGCGUCAGACAGUUGCCAUGAGGAGUUUAUUCGUCUGCGGGAACAGGAGAAGCUUCUGAAGGGCCAGCUUCAGGAACAAGAACUCCUCCUACACAAACUGAAACUACUGAACCAACCUGGCAACAAGGACAAAGCCAGAUCCGACCAGAGCCAGGACACACAAUACACAGACUGCUCCCAGCUCUUUCUUUCUGGCUCCAAAUCCAGUGGUUUCUACAAAAUAAAACCACACGGCAGCCCUUUUCCAUUCAGAGUCUACUGUGAUAUGAGUGAUGGAGGUGGUUGGAUCGUCAUUCAGAGACGGAUCAAUGGAACGGAGAGGUUUAACAGGUCGUGGGCAGAGUAUAAGGAUGGUUUUGGAAACAUGGAUGCAGAGUUUUGGCUCGGAAAUGACAAUCUGCAUUACAUCACUAUACAAGGGAAUUAUUCUCUGAGGAUUAACCUGGAAGACUUUGAUGGUUACCAGCGCUAUGCCGAAUACAAGAACUUCAAAUUGGCCAAUGAAAAGGACCACUACCGACUUACCUUUGGAACCUAUGUCGGUACAGCUGGAGAUGCCCUGUCUGGAAGUCAUCAGGUUGAUGUGUCAGAGUGGGCCAGUCACCAGGGCAUCAAAUUCAGCACCUACGACCAAGACAAUGAUAACUACAAAGGAAACUGCGCCCAGGAAGACAAAGGAGGCUGGUGGUUCAACAAGUGUCACUCAGCCCAUCUUAAUGGCAUAUACUACCCCAAUGGGCACUACAGUGCGUUGACAGAUGAUGGUGUAGUCUGGUACACUUGGAGAGGGUGGUGGUACUCCCUUAAGACCAGCAUCAUGAAGUUGCGUCCCACUGACUUCAAAACUGACCCCACUGACGACCCCAAUGCUGUUCAUCGCAGACCACCUUCCUAGAUCAGACGCAAGCAGAAAUCAAAUCUUCUUGGCAUGAAUAUUGUGGGAAGAAACGGCUUGGCAAACAUGUAUUAAUUGGUGUGAAGUCAUAUUUCAAAUUUAAAAACACACUUAAACAUAAAUCUCAUUUUAUAAUCCUCUCAAAUCCCGUGUGGACUUGUUCGUACACUAAGCACUAAUCAACCCCACUGACACCUAGCAACAAAUAUCCUGUGCUAUCAGAAUGUCUCUGGAUGGAGGAACGUAGCAGUAACUAAGAAGAGUAAAUACAGCCAAGAUGAGUCAAAGAUCACCCAAAUUUCUGGUCAUAAAUGAAACUGCACACUCCAACAAUAUUGUGCAAUCUUUAAAGACUUAAGUAUCUUAUAUUGCAACAUACUUGUAAAAGGACUCAUGAAACUUUUUGCCUAUUUUAGAGACAUGAAUGUUGCAAGGGGAAGUAGCAUGCACACACAGCUGUCUGUUUUGGUGGAGAAAAGGGAAAUCUGAUGUCAGUGUGUGUGCGAGACACAGGCAGAAAGAUUGUACUGAAGGCGGUGAAAGGAGCCAUUAUCAUGUCAUCGAAAAUGGCUGUAACAAGAACUGAAGAAGUGUUAAAAGUGAUAAAAGGAGCAGCUGAGCUCAGUACUGGGAGUUUGCCCAAAUGUUAUGAAGAUUAACAUAAAUUGCCCUUGUUUCACAAACAAUUGAAAUAAAAGAAUACCAUGACAUGACUGAAAACAGAGGACGGUACACAACAAUAGUUAUUUCUUAAGAUGUUACAAGUGACUUGAGGUUAAAAUUAUUAUUAUUAUUUUUUAAACAAAAUUACAAAUAUAAAGGAUUCUUUUUAGGGUUUUAGUAUACUCUAUACUUCAUCUCACACUUACAGGUUAUUAUUAACAACUCCGCUUGUGAGCAUACAUCCAGCUUUAUUUCUCUGCCAUUUGCAGUAUAACCAUGAUUCAUGAAAUAAAACAAGGAAACACUUCCUCUUGUCCACUGAAUUAUU